AGCGGCCGAGCGAGCAGCGCGCGUCGGACUGCGGCUGCCCGCCGUGCCCGGGGCCCAACCUGGCCAUGUGGGAGGAGCACGCGCUGCGCGUCGAGGACAUGGACAGCAAGCAGGACCCGCUGGCCCAGUCCAAGUGGGCUGCCCAGGACCUCUGCCGCAAGACGCUCGACGACCUGAACCACCUGGUGAAGGCCGAGCUGCGCUGCAAGCCGCGCUACCUGCACCCCGCCGCGGGCAGAGGCCCCAGCCCCCAGAUGCGGGCGGAGCGGUCGCUGGCGCGGCGCGAGCGGGCCUUCUCCACCGUGCGCUUCAUGAUGCGGCGCCUGCACGACGCGGUCCGCACGCGGCAGUGGCGCGAUGCCGAACCGGUGGGUGAGCGACUGACCAGCUUCUUGGAGCGCCUGCCGUGCACGAUCUUCCCCGACCGCCUCGACGCCCUGGCCAGGGUCCUCGACUGCAGGGCUCUCGCCGCGCGGAAGAGGAAGAACAGCAAGCUGGCCAUCAGCAUUCAGAAGCGGCGGUGCACACUGGCGGUGGACCACGGCAUGGCCGCGCUGUACGCGCGCGCGCUCGACGAGGUGGCCCUGCUCCUCUUCUCCGUGGCCGACUACCCGCUGGCCGAGACGUCCUGGUGCGAGCGGCUAGCGCGCCUGCAGCAGGCGCAGCAGCAGCUGCAGGGAGAGGAUGCCGAGGGCGAGGCGCCGCGGCAGGCGCAGGAGGAGAAGGUGCAGGUCCUGUUCCAGCUGGCGCGCACCUGCUUCGUGCAGGGCUUCCUCCGCAUGGCGGGCCCCAAGGCGUCCAAGCAAGGCGUGGGCAGAAAGGACCACCGCAGGGAGCUGCAGCAGUUCUCGGUGGGCCUGGGGCAGACGCUCUCGGACCUGGCGCUCCGCAGCGACACGGACACCGAUGCGGGAGGGGCCGAGGAUGAGGUGGAGGACGAGCAGGACCCCUACAAGAGCGAGUGGGAGGACACCUGUCGGUGGAGGCUGGACCUUCUGAACUACGACCUCGGCGACGACGAGGACAUGGACCUUGACGGGGUAGAGAUGGGCCCAGUCGAGCUCAAGCCGAACUCCCUGGAAGCUUGCCUCCGCAUGAUCAUGUUGGAGAUGGACACAGAGGACCCCGUGGGCGAGUACGGCCACCUGCUCGCCAUCGAGCGCUACCCGGACAUGGAGGACGCGGGGCGCAAGUACCCCUUGAUGCCGGCAGAUUUCAACAUAGAGGACAACGUGAUGAACAAGGAGUAUGAGGUGUUUGAGAGACGGUUCCGCGACGCCUGCCAGUUCUUCGUCUGUGAAAUCACUGGAAAGUCGCCGGACAGCCCCACCGCCCCUGCCCAGCCGAGUUCGGCCGCGACAGCGGAGCCCGCAGCCGAGGCUCCAGUAGAACCGGAACCGGAACCCAGCCGCCUACCCAGCGUGACCGAGGACACGGAGGCCCGCGCGGAGGAGCCGCAGGAGCCUCCCCCGAGCGACAGCUAGGGCCCCCGGCCGGGACCCGCCCGGCUCGGCCGGCUGGUGUAACAGUGCCGCCCCAAUUGUAACAGCCGAAUGAAUGACUGGGCGAUC